AAGGGAAAAGAAAAAGGAACAUCUACCAUUUCGUUUUGGCCAAUGAAACCAUUUUUGAAGCUCUGAACUUUGAGCCCUUCUGCGAGUUCUGAAUCCAACACUUCAAGCUUUCUCUGCGAGAUAUCCCAUUCGACAGAAAUGGGCAUUCCUCCGGUCAGGGCACCACGUAUUACAAAGUAUCUAAAGCCUUAUGUUCUGAAAAUGCACUUUACAAACAAAUACGUAACUGCACAAGUAAUCCACACACCAACGGCCACAGUAGCUUCUUCUGCAAGCUCCCAGGAAAAGGCCUUGAGAGAAAGCAUGGAGAUACGCCGGGAUGUUGCUGCUGCUGGAAAGAUAGGGAAGAUAUUGGGGGAGCGCCUGCUGCUCAAGAACAUCCCUGCUGUAUCCGUCCAGUUGAAGAGAGAACAGAAAUAUCAUGGUAAGGUUAAAGCUGUCGUUGACAGUGUGGUGGAAGCAGGUGUCAAACUCCUCUGAUUUCGACCGCGAGACAACGAUGACCAAUUACUCGGGUUCGGGUAUGAAUUCAGUUGAAGUUUUUCU